AGAACAAAAGUAGUCAUUGGACAUUGUUUUCCUACAGGAAUCAGGUUUCCUGUACAAACCAAAGCUACAAACUACUGAGUAAACAAGGGCAAAAUACACGGCACAUCUUUAAAACCACUCCUCUUGCUAGAAUGUGACAUAACCUGAGCACCACUCCCUUUUUCUCUGAGAGAGUCUGGUAAUUAUUUGCAUGGUAUUUUACUUUCACAUUUAUUGGGAAGUGAAAUGGCGCUGCAGCUAGACGAGGAGAAACUCUGCUGUUCCAUCUGUCUGGAUCUACUGAAUGACCCGGUGACUAUUCCCUGUGGCCACAGCUUCUGCUUGCGCUGUACUGAACAACGAUGGGAUGAAGAAGAUCCAAAGGAAAUCUACAGCUGCCCUCACUGCAAGCAAACCUUCACAUCGAGGCCUGUGGUGGUGAAAAGUGCCAUGAUUGCUGAUUUAGUGGAAGCACUGAAGCUUCAAGCUGAUCCUGCUGAUCACUACUAUGCCAGACCUGGAGAUGUUGCCUGUGAUUUCUGCACUGGGAGGAAGCUGAUAGCCCUCAAGUCCUGUCUGAUGUGUCGGGUUUCUUACUGUGAGCACCACCUUCAGCCUCACUAUGAAUCCCCUGCCUUUAAAAAACACAAGCUGGUUGACCCCUCCACAAAUCUGCAGGAGAAAUUUUGCCCCCGUCAUAAUGAGGUGAUGAAGAUGUUUUGCCGCAGUGAUCAGCAGGCCGUAUGUAUUUUGUGCUCCAUGGACGAACAUAAAGACCAUGACACGGUAUCUGCUGCAGCAGAAAGGAUCGAGAAGUGGAAGGAGCUUGAGAUGAGUCGGCAAAAAAUCCAGCAGAGGAUCCAGGACAGAAAGAAAGACGUGAAGGUUCUUCAACGGGAGAUAGAGGCGAUCAAUCGCUCUGCUGAUGAAGCAGUGAAGGACAGCGAGAAGAUUUUAACUGAGCUUGUCAGUUUCAUAGAGAAAAGAAGCUCUGAUGUGAAGGAACAAAUCAGAUCCCAGCAGAAAACUGAAGUUAGUUGGGCCAGAGAGCUUGAGGAGAAGAUGGAGAGGGAGAUUGCUGAACUUGAGAGGAAGGACACUGAGCUUGAACAGCUCUCACACACCGAUGACCACACUGAAUUCCUACUCAAGUAUCUUUUGCUGUCGGAUCUCAGUGAAUCUACAGACUCACCCAGCUUAAAUAUCAGACCUCUUAAACACUUCGCAGAUGUGAUAGCAGCUGUGUCGGAGGCCCGUGAUAAACUACAGGACGCUUUCAAUGACGCAUGGCCGAAGAUCUUACUAAGAGUGACCGAAGUCGAUGUUUUACUGCCACAACCAGAGCCCGAGACCAGAGAGGAAUUCUUACGAUAUUCUCGACAAAUCACGCUGGAUCCUAACACAGUUAACACAUGGCUGUCAUUAACUGAAGGGAACAGAAAAGCAAUAGUAAUGAAGGAAAAGAAAUUAGGGUCUAGUCACCCAGAUAGAUUCACUGACUGGCUUCAGGUGCUCAGUAGAGAGAGUCUGACUGGACGUCGUUACUGGGAGGUGGAAAGAAGCGGUGGAGGAGUUUCAGUCGCGGUCGCAUACAAGGAUAUUAGCAGAACAGGAAUUGAAAGCGGAUUUGGAAACAAUGACAUGUCUUGGACGUUAGGAUGUUUCGACUUUACUUAUUAUUUCAGACAUAACAAUGUCAAAACUUUACUCUCAGGCCCUCAGUCCUCCAGAGUUGGAGUAUACCUGGAUCACAAGGCAGGAACUCUGUCCUUCUACAGCAUCUCUGAAACCAUGACUCUCCUCCACAAAGUCCAGACCACGUUCACUCAACCGCUCUACGCUGGACUUUUGGUUUAUUGGGUCGGAGACACUGCUGAGUUGUGUGAGCUAAAGUAGUUUGCGCUACACUUCCUAGUUAGUCCUGUUAGUCUAACAAAGCGGGAUGAACUGUGAUGUUUUCUUCCUUAAACAUUUUGUUUGAGUUAUACCCAGCUGAGUUCAGUUUCUACAGCAGCAAAUGGACACUUCACAUUGUUACAUUUAUAUAUUUUUACUGAAUAUUUCAUGCUAUCUCUCCUUUUUUGUUACAGUCACCUCUUAAUUCAAUCAAAAAGCACAAUAGAUUACUGUAAAUGUAUAAAUUAAAUGAAUGUGAAUGCUUAGAUGGGAAGAGUAGGAAUAUAAGCUGCUGCAUUUAGGCUUUUAUCAGCAUUUUCAACAUAAGACACGUCCUUUAAUAUGCAUUUGUUUCAUGUGUACACCACUUAUAUACUGCUGCAAGUCAUUUUCACCUGUAGUUCUACUCUAGUUUGCAAGUUUCAGUGAAUAUCUCACAUGGAUCGUCUAUUUAAAACAUACGCAUUCACCCAUUGCAUGUCCUGUACCAUCUGCACACGCACAUAUUCAGUUUAAACACACCAAACGCCAUCUUUUACAAAAACAUACAACGAGAAUUAUUAUAAAUGAAUCAAGAAAAUGAAGAUUGAGAUUAGACAAAGUAUUCAACACGGAUCCAAAAUGUAAAUGCUCUGUACGGAAACUUCACCACACACAUUGAGAAAUCUUCUAUCAUUCCAAAAAUGUAUAAGUCACACUAUAAUGAUAUUUAAGAGGCUUUUUAUGUACUGUAAUUAAAGCUUGGUUCCCCUUCAAACCAAGGAAACCAGAAAAUAUCUGUCUCUUGUCUAUAAAUGUAACUUGUAUGUUCUAAUAAUAAUAUCCCAGCAAUGACAGUAUCUUGA